AUGGCUGCUCUCAGCGGGCGCAUUGCUCGCCAGCUGCCGCAUGAGAUCCUCCACCAGAGCAAGCAGACGCUCCCUCGCGUGACCCGCCGCACACUGGUCUCGCAAUCAGCCGCGCCGCGUGCACCACUCCUCGCCCGUCAGAGCAAGGUGCUAUCCCGACAGUUGCGUCAGUUCUCCCGUGCUGCCGUUCGUGCCAACCAGACUGAGGUCGCACCCAAUGCCAAAGCUUACCUCGAGAGUGGUGUAAUUGCUGGCGGUCAGGAUCUGGUCGAUGUCAAAAAAGUGUUGGUCAUUGGAUCUGGUGGGCUUGCAAUCGGACAAGCCGGCGAGUUCGAUUACUCGGGCUCGCAGGCUCUCAAAGCGCUGAAGGAGGCUGGUAUUGCAUCCGUACUCAUCAACCCGAACAUCGCUACAAUCCAGACUUCUCAUGUGUUGGCCGACGAGAUCUACUACCUCCCGGUCACUCCCGAGUAUGUUACAUAUGUCAUCGAGAAGGAGAGGCCGGACGGCGUCUUCCUGUCGUUCGGGGGACAGACGGCCCUCAACUUGGGAGUCAAGAUGGACGAGAUGGGCAUCUUUGAUCGCUACGGCGUCAAGGUGUUGGGAACCAGUGUGCAGACAUUGAAGACCAGCGAGGAUCGCGACCUCUUCGCCAAGGCACUCGAGGAGAUCAACAUUCCCAUCGCCGAGUCCAUUGCUGUCUCUACGAUCGAURAGGCUCUCGCAGCUGCGGAGUCUGUUGGAUACCCAAUCAUUGUGCGCGCGGCGUACGCACUUGGUGGUCUUGGAUCUGGCUUUGCGGACAAUGCUGAUGAGCUGCGAAACUUGGCUGCCCGGUCUUUGACACUUUCACCUCAAAUUUUGGUGGAAAAGUCGCUCAAGGGCUGGAAAGAGGCCGAGUACGAGGUUGUUCGUGAUGCCUCGGACAACUGCAUCACUGUCUGCAACAUGGAGAACUUCGAUCCACUCGGUGUGCACACUGGUGACAGCAUUGUGGUCUCGCCUUCGCAAACUUUCAGCGAUGAGGAGUACCACAUGCUCCGAACUGCUGCUAUUAAGAUCAUCCGCCAUCUUGGUGUGGUUGGAGAGUGCAACGUUCAAUAUGCCCUUCAACCCGAUGGUCUCGACUACAGAGUUAUUGAAGUUAACGCCCGUCUGUCUCGUUCAUCUGCCCUUGCAUCAAAAGCUACUGGAUACCCUCUCGCCUACACUGCUGCGAAGAUUGGUCUUGGCCACACUCUUCCUGAGCUCCCCAACGCCGUCACCCGCACAACGACCGCCAACUUUGAGCCAUCGCUCGAUUACAUCGUCACCAAGAUGCCACGUUGGGAUCUGGCCAAGUUCCAGAAUGUCAACCGCGAUAUUGGAUCUAGCAUGAAGUCUGUCGGAGAAGUCAUGGCUAUUGGCCGUACCUUCGAAGAGAGUUUUCAGAAAGCCAUUCGCCAGGUUGAUCCUCGUUUCCACGGUGUCCAAGGUGACAAGUUCGACGAGCCUCUCGAUGACAUUCUGAAGAACCCAACCGAUCGCCGAUGGCUCGCUGUCGGUCAGGCCAUGCUCCACGAAGGUUACACGGUCGAUCGCGUACAUGAACUCUCAAAGAUUGACAAGUGGUUCUUGUACAAGAUUCAGAACAUUGUUGAUCUUACCCAUGAACUCGAGGCAAUUGGCUCCCUGUUCGGCGUCAAGAAGGAGACCAUGCUCAAGGCUAAGAAGCUCGGCUUUAGCGAUAUCCAAAUCGCAAAGGCAGUCAACAGCACUGAGGAUGAGGUCCGCGCUCGCCGGAAGAACUUCAACAUCCGCCCUUGGGUCAAGAAGAUUGACACACUGGCUGCUGAAUUCCCUGCUGACACAAACUACCUGUACACCACUUACAACGCCUCCAGCCACGAUGUCAAGUUUGAUGACCACGGUAUCAUCGUUCUCGGAUCUGGUGUCUACCGUAUUGGAAGCUCUGUUGAAUUCGACUGGUGUGCCGUCAACGCCACUCUCUCCUUGAAGGAGCUUGGAAAGAAGACUGUCAUGAUCAAUUCGGAUAAUCCGGAGACCUACAGCACCGAUUUCGACGUUCCCGACCGCCUCUACUUUGAGGAGCUGAGCUACGAGCGUGUUAUGGAUAUCUAUGAACUCGAGAAUUCUUCCGGUGUUGUCGUUUCUGUCGGUGGCCAGCUGCCUCAAAACAUGGCUUUGAAACUCCAGGAGGUUGGAAAGGCCAAGGUUCUCGGUACUGAUCCCAAGGACAUCGACAAGGCUGAGGACCGACACAAGUUCUCUCAGAUCUUGGACUCCAUCGGUGUUGACCAGCCCGCCUGGAAGGAACUCACUAGCUACAAGGAAGCCCAAGCUUUUGCCAAUGAGGUCUCCUACCCGGUGCUUGUCCGUCCCAGCUACGUUCUUUCUGGCGCUGCUAUGACUGUCAUCAGAUCUGAGGAAGAACUUGAGGAUAAGCUUACGGCUGCCAGCAACGUCAGCCCUGACCACCCCGUAGUCAUCACCAAGUUCAUCGAAGGCGCACUUGAAAUCGACUGCGAUGCUGUUGCCUCGAACGGCAAGCUUCUUGUCCACGCUGUCUCCGAGCACGUCGAAAACGCUGGUGUCCACUCCGGUGAUGCUUYUCUCGUUCUCCCGCCUGCUCAUCUCCCUAAGCGUACCAUUGAACGUGUCAAGGAGAUCGCCGAAAAGGUCGCAAAGGCAUGGUCCAUCACUGGUCCAUUCAACAUGCAAAUCAUCUGCGCUGAGAACCCCGAAGGUGGCGAGCCUCUCCUCAAGGUCAUCGAAUGCAACCUCCGCGCUUCUCGUUCCUUCCCAUUCGUCAGCAAGGUCCUCGGAACCAAUUUCAUUGAUGUCGCUACUCGUGCUCUCAUCGGAAAGGAUGUCCCUGAGCCAGUCGACCUGAUGAGCAUUGCCCGUGACUACCUCGCCGUCAAGGUCCCCCAAUUCUCCUGGACUCGUCUCGCCGGAGCUGACCCAUACCUUGGUGUUGAGAUGGCCAGCACCGGUGAGAUGGCUUGCUUCGGUACUAACCUCGUUGAGGCCUAUUGGACUGCCAUGCAAAGCACCAUGAACUUCCGUCUUCCUGAGCCAGGCGAGGGUCUCCUUUUCGGCGGAGACACUGCCACUCCGGACCUUGGAAAGAUUGUCGACUACCUAAACCCACUUGGCUACAAGCUUUUUGCUGCCAACCAGGAGGUCAAGGAGCAUCUUGAGUCAACGUCCAAGGACGGUAGCGUCAAGGUUGAAGUCAUCGAAUUCCCCAAGGAAGACAAGCGUGCUCUUCGUGAGGUGUUCGCACAGUACGACAUCAAGGGUGUAUUCAAUUUGGCUAAGAGAAGGGCCAGCAGCAUGGUCGAUGAGGACUACGUCAUGAGGAGAAAUGCCGUAGAUUUUGGUGUCCCACUCUUCAUGGAGCCCAGAACCGCCGUUCUCUUCGCUCAGUGUAUGAGCGAAAAACUGCCCAAGAAGGAGGGCAUCCCGUCCGAGGUCCGCAGAUGGAGCGACUUCAUUGGCGGUAAGCCUUUGUAG